CUCCCGGACGUGGACGCAGUGAGAGCGGAACCUGGCCUGGGUGUCCCACACUUCCACGAUCACCCUGCAGCGUGUCGGUGAUGGAGAGCGCGCGCGGACGAGCGGGUCACCCGCACCAUGACGCCGGUGCUCGUGCUCGUGCUGAGUGUGGCGCUCGGGCGCGCCGGUCGGGCGAAAAGGGGACGCGGCUGCUUUAAGCGCCGGUCGCGGCCCUCGGGCGCUGCGCUGCGCUGCGCUUCGCUCCGCUCCGCGCCACUCCACACCCACGUCAGCAGCGGCUCCUUUGUCCACGGAGCGCCUUUCGCUCUUGGGCUCAACGGCGGCGGCGGAGAAGCGGAUAUGAACGUGGGGCCGCGGCGCGGGAGGGGCACGCGCGCUCACAGGGAACACACUGCGACGCCCGACAUGGAGCCGGUCUCCGACAGGCGGUCCCGGGGCUCCGCGCACCCGAGCCCGCAUACAGCAGUAGCCCUUGCACCCAAGAAACACAGACACUGUCCUCCUGUCCUCCGGUCCCCCUCCCCACAUCCACUCAGACAGGUGUCUCGGGCGUCCAGCACAGACAUGAUGGCUGCCCACCAGAGCCACCUCCUGAAGCAGCUGGACGAGCAGCGACGACAGGAGCUUUUCUGCGAUUGCCACGUGCUGGUGGAGGGUCAGCUGUUCAAGGCCCACCGCAACGUCCUCUUCGGUAGCAGCGGCUACUUCCGGAUGUUGCUGUCGCGCGGCGCCGACGAGUGCGGCACUCCCGUCACCGCCUCCUUCGAGGCCUUCAGCCCCGACACGUUCGCCGUCAUCCUGGACUUUGUCUACUCGGGCCGCCUGGACCUCACCAGCCUCAACGUCAUCGAGGUCAUGUCCGCCGCCAGCUACCUGCAGAUGAACGAUGUCAUCAGCUUCUGCAAGGACUUCAUCAAGUCCUCGCUGGACAUCAGCGUGAGGGAGGAGGACGACCGCUACCUUAGCCUGUCCGAAGGUGCGAGCUCCUUAAAGGAGGAGAGGCUGGCGCCCUGGCCCACCGCGAGCCCCCGGGCCGAGUACGGCGAGGAGAUCCAGCCGGACGUCGUCUCUCUGAAGCGAGAACCGGGUGCGGCGUCCCGCUGCGGGAGACGAAGGGGCCGAGCGGUGCCUCCGCAGACAUGCAAAGCUGAGGCGCGGCGGUCCGUCGCCCCGAGUCCAGAGCGCAGCACCAGGGCGUCCGGCAAGCGCAAGGCCUGGAGCUCCACGCCGGGGGUGGAGAUGGCCUCCCUCCUGGACCCACAGGGGGCGCCGGCCAACAAAGCCCGCAAGGCCGACGAGCUGUACGCCACCCUGCCCACCAUCGUGGGGGUCGUCGGCAUCUUCAACAAAGAUUCGAGCCCCUCGAUGCGCUUCAAGUGCCCCUUCUGCACCCACACGGUGAAGCGGAAGGCCGACCUGAAGCGCCACCUGCGCUGCCACACGGGCGAACGGCCGUAUCCAUGCGAGGCCUGCAGCAAGCGCUUCACGCGCCUCGAGCACCUGCGCAGCCACUUUGAGACGAUCCACCAGGCCAGGAAGCUGGUGUGCAGGAAAUGCAAGCGUCACGUGACGGAGCUGAGCGGCCGCGUCGUGUGCGAGGGGACGCGCCGCUACCGCCUCUGCAACGAGUGCAUCCAGGAGAGCGGCUGCGACGGCCUCGUCGCGGACGGCUGCGAGCCGGGCGACGGCGCGGCGGCGCUCCUCUCGGCCGCGGCCGGCGACGAGGACGACGAGGACAAGGAGGACAAGGAGGAGGACUGGCUGGCGGUGGCGGACGACGACGACGACGAAGACGAGCUCGCCGUGGACUCGGGGGCCGACCUCAUCAUCCAGGAGGUGGACGCCAGCGACGAGGAGCAGGAGCUGCACGGCUGAAGCUGGACACUCGGCCGAGCUCCUCCCCGCCUCGCACCACGCGCGUGAGACACGUCCCCUAGGGUGAGCUCCUCCAACAAUGACCCCACUUCUGGGCAUCACGCCCACGUGGGUCUGUAACUACAACUUUGACUUUCCUAACCGUACGCGCUGCAAGUCAUUGGAUACGACCGAAAAUGGACCUUUUGUCCAUUACCUUCUCUUUGUUACAUUUUACUGCAAAGAAGAAAAACGCUGUAAAUUCUGUUAAUUACUGUAUCCCUUUGUUUUAUUUAUGAUGUGCGUGUGCACCUGAGCGUCCUGGACGAGGGCGUGGCGAAGACGGAAGCUCUGGGACCGGGAUGCCGCCGCGGGGACGAGGACUGACGUCUGUAGGGGGCUGCCCUUUGUCUCCGCUUUUAUUUAUUUCACAUAUUCAUUCCCUCCUACUUUAUCAGCGCUUCUCCAUGAUCAGUUUUAUAUUUUAUAUGUAUAUGGAACUCCUUCUUUCUGGUAUUGUUAUUGUGACUGAUAUUUAUUUGCCCUUUUCUACUGCUUUUAUACUCAAUAAAGAUAUUUUUAUACACA